AUGUUGCUGCGGCGGGCCACCAAGUGGGCCGCGGUCGGACUUACCGCCGCACAAGUCCGUGCGGCCCUCCGCCAGAAACAGCAGCCGCGACCAAGUCAAGAGGCAGGAAAACAGCGGCCGCACGCGGACCGCGGAGCGGACUCACCCGCCAGAAAGGCGGAACAGUACUCAGGUCCCAGUUUCGGGGCCCCCAGGCCCAAGCAUGGGCCAGACGACCUACGUGUCAGCAAGGCCAGGGAUGCAAGAGAGAGGGAAGCAUGCCGUGGCAUCCCUGGACAUCCGGGCGAGGCGCCCGCUGACACCAGAGGAAUGGAUGGAACCGGAAAGCCGUGGAUCCUAGAGUGGGUCCUAACGGAAAGGGGGUUGCGGGAAUACCUCGGCAUGGCCCCGCGAUCCCAUGGCGAAGGGGCCGGAAGUGACCAGACCGGCCAGGCCCCGGAAGUUGAGGAAGCCGAGGCAGAACCGCCCCCGGGCGGGCACCGCCCCCGCAAGGGCAGGAGGGACCGGGAAGAUCCCCCGGGAGACGAGGACCGGGAAGGAUCCCCGCCGGAAAGGGACCAUGGGUCCGAACUGGGCUUGGCCGAUGCCGCCCCGAUCUGUUGCUCUUGCGGCAAGGGCGGAGCCAGGGCGAUGAAUCACAGCAUCCGGCUGGACCACGCCACCAUGGUGACACGACCGCUGGGAAGUCGAAGCCGCCACCACGUGGGCAUAUGCCUGGUGCCCAGCAGGGUCGGCACGAUCAGGCCGAAAAACAGAGACAUAAGAAUGUGCGGGCACACGCCGUGCGAGGAGUGCACCAGGUGGGUAGCCGGUGCCCCUAUGUGCGCAUGCUGCGCGCACCGAACGGGAGAGCAGGGGUCACCGCUCUCAGGCGCAGGCAGGCUCCCGUCCACGGAGGAUGGCCGCAACAGGGCAAGACCCGCUCUGCCCGCCGGAGGCGCAGGGUCGGGAGCCCCGCCCUCGGCCCGUGGCACUCACCAGCCACCGGCCAGGAUGAUGCCGGAUCUCACCCCGGCAACGGGCAGGCGAACCAGAAGCCGCACGCCGCCGCGCGAGCGGAGUCGCACUCCGGCCGCCAGCAGGAGCGGCAUCCCGCCGGGAGCGAGCGGGAGCCGCAGCGCUCCUGACAUCGACCGAGACCGCCACGAGGACUCCGACGAUGACUCGGAAGGCACGGAGGAGGAGGAAGCGGAGCACGACCACUACGAUGAAGAGGAAACGGACCGAUGGGAUUCCGGAAGAGGGCGAGAACGACCUCCCGAGCCUCCUAGGCCCCCCCCGAGAGGGAAGGGGGACCAUCCGGCAUGGGACUGGCACGUGUGUGACGUGCGCGGUUGCAACCGACCGUCCCGUGGAGGAGACAGCGUCUGCUGCGACCCGUGCGUGCGCACCCAUGGCAGGGACCACACGUUCAACUGCGACGCCAGGGUGCGCGAAGCACAGGGGCCCGCGAGGGGACCAAACCGCAAAGGUGGCGGAGCCGGAGGACCGGGAGGAAAGGGGGGCGGCCCCGGGAGCGGACGGCGACCGGACGGAAGGCCCAAACGUAAGAAGCCGGGAAAAACAGCCCGGGACCGAGAACGCAACAUGUUCCGGAAAGGUGGAGGACGCUCGGGCAAGAGCGGAAAGGGCCGACCCUUCUCGGCUCAAGAUUUCCGCCGAGCCCUCUCGCUGGGGACAGCUGCGUCCACGGUCCGCUCCCAGACCUCCCGCCUCAAGACGUGGGACAAGGCACUGGAGGAUCUGGAAAGCAAGGGGCUCUUGACGUUGCCCGAAGACCGGUGCCGCUUGAGCCCGGAGACCGCCAAAGCCGGUGUGGCAUACCUCAGGUCACGAGGGUAUAGGUCGGCGGAACUCUACCUCAGUUCGGCAGUAACCCGGCAUAAGAGCCGCUACGACAUGAGUGGCCCCUUACAAAGCGCACACCAGGAGGCCGUGCGCAUCAGCCGCCGGGGGGUCGGACCGGCCCGAGGGAAGCAACCCAUACCGAUGCCGCCGCCCCAUACCCCCCACUUCGAGGCGCUAUCGGUGGGGAUUUGGUUCCUGCUCCGAGUUUCUGAGCUCACCUCUUUAAAUGUAGGGGAUGUCCGCCAACGGACCGGCUCACGGUUCCAGGUCGGACUGUGGAUACGGAGCUCGAAGACGGACCAAGAGGCGGCAGGCUCCCUGGUGUGCAGGGACUGCGUCUGUGAAGACCCCGCAGCCGCCCCAUGGUGCCCGGCCCACCUACUCUGGAAAACCAUAUGCAGCCGUAAAGACGCCAUGAGUGAAGUGGGGACGGUUUCGGGGCAGGCACCCUUGUUCGUAGACGUUGGGGGCCGGAGGAUCACAGCGGGUGCCGUUGGAGAAGCAGUCCGGAUGGUGGCCAGCAUGGCCGGAUUGCCGAUGAAAACAGAAGGAGCCUGGCUGCACGGCACCCACUCACUAAGGGUGACGGGUGCCAUACUGGGAUUCGCCGCCGACCUCACGGAGGAGGAAGUUCGAGUGCUGGGAAGGUGGACCAGCACCAAGGCCAUGAGGAAUUACCUCCGUGGCACCCCGGUGGUGAAGUCAUCCGCGGCGUCAAUCCCAAUGGCAAGAGCCCUCACCCAAGGAGUGAUGGGGGACUUGGCCGGCGCGCACUUUCGCGAAGCGCUGGAAACGGCCCCGGGACCUGAGGUGGGACCGGAGAAACCGGCAGGACCGGAAGGAGGCAUGGCAGUCCGCCACAACCUGACAGGAAUCAUCCAUCGGGCUGGAGUUAUGACCGGCCCGCCAGCUGGAUGGACCACGUGGUGUGGCUGGCGGUGGGCGACCGCCGGGUGUGCCGGCGCCUUCAGUGGCACAGAUGGAACACCAUGCAGCCGAUGCUACGAUACCAGGACGAAGCAUGACAACGGCCGCUCGAACGAACCUACUUUUGCAGCGCACGUCCGGAGAAAAAAUCGAGAGGGCGACAGCGCGAAACACUGGGCGGCCGGGAAGCAUGACAACGGCCGCUCGAACGAACCUACUUUUGCAGCGCACGUCCGGAGAAAAAAUCGAGAGGGCGACAGCGCGAAACACUGGGCGGCCGGGCGGGGUGCUUCGAGCCUUGCAGUGCGCUUGAGGGUGGAGGACAGAGAUGGACAGAGUACCAGGUGA